CGAAAGCGCUGCUCUGAAAACUCUGACACAGAUGAAAUUCCUCAGGAACAGAGAGCUGCAAUUCAGGACACCUAUGGGUGUAUCAACUGGAAUGUAAAAUUCCUUCCUCUUGGAGAAACUGCUGAAAGUCAGCAACAGAAGAAGGACAAGCUCAAGAUGAUGUCUCUGCAGAAGGAGGCCAAUCCUGAGGAGAUGAAACAAUUACUGAGGACAACUUUCUACUCACAGCAAAGAUAUUAACCAGGGGAAAAGCAUUCAAGAUGUCUUGGAAGCCUGGCCUGUUUUAUUUCAUGACAUUGGGAUGGCUGUACACUACAAGGAACUUACUGGACUUGGAUUGAAGGAAACCUUCAUGAGGAACAUGGAUAUGAAGGGAAAAAGACUGCUGAACUACAUGAACACUGUUUGUGUGAACAAAAACAAAAGGUUUUUCCAGGCUCAGACAAAGUUGAAGAUGUUAAAGGGAGAACUGGACGGUUACUCUGAAGAUGUUAAAGAGCUGAUGCUCCUACUUCUCUGCUACUUCAAUGAAAAUGAAGAAGCAAUGUUCUUCUGUGUGGAGGACACAUGCCUAGCUGAAGAAGUACAGAUGGAGAAUGUCUCCUUGACUCCCACUAUCAUUGUGUGUGGUCAAUCCUGCUUCCAUGCUAAACGAUUCAUGCUGAGUGUGGAUCAACAGAUUGGAAACAACAACAUCUCCUGUUUUAUUUCUGCCCUCUGCAUGAUGUUUGGGAGCUAUUAUUGUUUUAACAUACAUUAUCCAUCGGGGCUGGCGUCUACACUGGAGUUUCUGCAGAGGUGUUUCUUCUCAAUCAACCCAGACAAGGGCAGUAAGGUGGAAGAAACCCGUAAACCCAGACUGCAUGUGAACCCCCGUGUACUCACCUUGAUCCAGGAACUUUCGGAUUAUGAGUGGCGUGAUGUUUGAGAAAGGACUAAAGUCAGUGAGUUAUCAGGACAGUGUUUAAUCUUAACAGAGCUGAAUAGAUUUGUAAAUGUAUGUUGCAUCUCACACCGUGUCUGGUGAAGUUAAAAAAGUUGAAAAGACAUAUUUAUAUUUGUUCAGUGGUUAAAUUUUGCUCCAUGUCAGAAAGGACAAAUGAGAAUUUCAUUGAAAAUAUGUUUUCAAUUAAAAUGUUUAUUUGUUUAAAAAAAUUUGAAUUAUUAUUAUAGAUACAGUUUAUAUUGGGCUUCCUUGUGUUUUUAAUUUGCAUUUAACUGGUAAAUGUUUGUUGAAAUUUGAUGUUUAUAGAUAUUUGAAAAUAGAAUUGUUUCUAAAAUAAGAAAAACUUUUGAAGCAAACAAACAUUAUUAUUGAAAUGUAUACUGGAAAUAGAAAUUUAUUGUAUGUUAUAAUCUUCAAGCCCCCCCUCCAAAAAACGGGGUGAAAGUUUGUUCUCAUACUGUUUCUGAUAAAAUUAAAAAGGUUGAAGAAAUGUAUAUCUAUUCAGCAGGUGCAUUUGCUUCAUGAUGUUCAGAAAAGAUGUUCAGAACUUCAUUGAAAAUAAAUAUUUCAAAGGCAUGCAAGUGUAUGUUUAUUUUUUUAAGAUUAUCAUAGAUACAAUUUAUAUUGGGCUUCCUUGUGUUUUAAAGUUUCCUUUAAGUGGGAAAUGUUUGUUGAAAUGUGAUGCUUAUGGAUAUUUAAAAAUAUAAUUAUUAGUAAAAAGAAAAAAAAUUUAAAGCAAAUUUCAGUUUUUCAGAAAGUAUUAAAAAAAUGUUUUAAAUUGACAUUUUAACAGUUUUAAUCUGUUAUUCAAAGGUAUUUUAUCAGUAGGACUAACUGAAGUUUUUUGUACAACAAACAAAAACUGGGUAAAUCUUACUGGAAAAUUUUUUUUAAAUAACAGCAUUAUUAUGAUAAUUCAUCAGAAAAAGUUGGUUAAAAUUACUUGAUAAAACUGUUUUAUUAACAAAAUAACCCUGUUCAAAUCACAGUUAAAAUUUGUGCAAAACUGUGGGACAAUCUGUUUAUUUCACAAUUUAAAACUGUAGUAAUUACUGUUUGGUCAGUAAAACAGUUUACAUGUUCACUGUGUUUUUUACUGAAUUAUUCUGGCAACCACAGCUGCCAGUUUUUUAUUGUAAAAACAACGGAAUUUUUUUUA